AUGCGGAUUUCCUUCGUGUGGCAAUGUACUCAUCUGAACUUCACAGCGAUCGACAAACAGCUCAAGCAGCUUCGUGCCUUUCUCAACGAGUAUCAGCAACACAAGGCGGCACUGGAGAAUGGCCCAGAGCGCGGGCGAGAAACGAAAGGACACUCGCGGGGGGAAUCUGGGUCACCUAAGCGUCACAGGAGCUUUGGGGACGACGACGACGAUGAUUUUGAGAUGGAUGACAUUGACGACGGCAUCAAUGUAAACGAUGACUAUGAAGGAUCGGACGAAGAGCAGGGAUCUGACGAAGGAAGACGACGAAGAGGAAAAGAAGACGUCGAGGAGGAACAGGAUACACAGGACGAGCUAGAAGAGGAGGUUACGGCCGAGGUUCUGCAGGCGAAGAUCGGCGACGCCAAAGAAGCUAUCAAAGUUGGACGCGGACAACUUAAUGACGCUCGCAAGGCACGGAAGGAUGCCAUAGAUGCCCUCAGCAACCUCAAGAAAAAAGAGAUGAAAGCGCAACGUGACAAGAACACAUUUUGUUCUCUGAAGCGUUCAGAGCUUAAUAUGUACAAUGCAAACGCCGCCGCUGAGGAGCAAAACCCAAAUUCUUUCGAUCCGACCAAAAAUCUGCGCAAUUAUGAUGAGAUUGACCUUCCCAUGUUCACCUGUUCAUCACGGGACAAGGUUUGUAUUGAUGGCAUUGGCGAUGUGACUAUUGCAGACCCUGAAACCCUUCGUGAAAAAUGGGAGUCAACACCGCAGGGUGGUCAGGAGAUGUAUGAUGAUAGUGACGGUGGAGACAAUUGGCACAGCUCGCCUGAUCCCCUGAGCACUCUUCACCAUAACUCAUCCCUAAAAGUGGAUGCUCGUGGCGAACCCAUAGGAGUGACUCCCUGGCUUGUGAAAAUUUGCAAGACUUGUUCCGUGAUGGUCUUGAAGAUAAAUGUCAAGUGGGCGCAGCCAAUGGCUGCCGAGGGUGCGGUUCAAUACGUCGACGAGUUUGCAGUGUCCGUGCACUGGGCGACCUAUCGAGCCACAAAUGUAGAGGCCAGUGCAGCCGCAGGACUGAAGGACCACAUACAUGCACAAAGUUCUCUUCCGCAAGGGGAGGCGCGUCUCGCUUUAGGGCGUACCAUGGAGGUCGUAAAGGAAGCGCUCGGAAAGGAGCAGAAGAAAAUAUCCCGUUGCCUCUCGCCUCAUGUUCAAACCGAAGUGGCUGACGGCUACCAUCUCGCCUUGAAAGAACGAGGCAAAGGAAGUGUCACACGACAGAAGGUUGUGUUCCAUAACUGCGUUGAUACGUGUAAGCACGACAUUUUCGAUGGCGGGGCGGAUGUUCUGAUGAGUCGGCUGUCGGCUGCGGUCGAGACCAUCUGGAAGGCUCUUAACGACUUGCGGAAAAGGAAGGCACCCGAGAUGACCCUGGUCAAGUUCGCGCUUGAUUGCAAAUCAUCCGCAUUCCGUCACUCUCUUGUGCAAAGAAUUCUAGUGCUUUCGUUAACGCCAACUAGCACAUCAUUGCUUCUAUUUGUGGAACGAUCAUUGUUAGACUUCAUUAUCUUUGAGCAGGAUGCUACAUAA